AUGGAGAGCUUUCGCAUGCCAUGCAGCCUACAAACCCUUGCGCGGCGCAACCUUCUCCUGCACUACCGCAAGGAGGCGAGGCAGCCACGGCGUCUCUCAUGCAAGGCAACCGGCGGUGGCCGUGUCGACCGACGUGAUGUGCUCCUCGGCCUCGGCGGAACCGCGGCUACCGGACUGGCAACAGGCCGAGGCGCCGCGAUCGGCGCGCCCAUCGAGACACCUGACCUCCGUAGCUGCCAACCGCCCGACCUCCCCGACACAGAGCCGGACACUAACUGCUGCCCGACGUACGGCACCGGCAUCACCGACUUCAUGCCGCCGCUGGCAUCCUCGCCGCUCCGUGUGCGUCCGGCGGCGCACCUGGUGGACGCGGAGUACCUGGCCAAGUACGAGCGCGCGGUGGCGCUGAUGAAGGAGCUGCCGGCGGACGACCCGCGCAGCUUCGAGCAGCAGUGGCACAUACACUGCGCCUACUGCGACGGCGGGUACGACCAGGUCGGCUUCCCGGACUUGGAGCUUCAGAUACACAACUGCUGGCUCUUCUUCCCGUGGCACAGGUUCUACCUCUACUUCCACGAGCGGGUCCUUGGUAAGCUCAUCGGCGACGACACGUUCGCGCUGCCGUUCUGGAACUGGGACGCGCCGGGCGGGAUGACGCUGCCGCCGAUCUACGCCAACAGUUCGUCGCCGCUAUACGACGAGAGGCGCAACCCCGCCCACCAGCCACCUGUGCCGCUGGACCUUGACUUCAGUGGGACUGACCCCCCCAGCAUCCCAAGAGAUCAGCUGAUCGAUAUGAACCUGAAGAUCAUGUACCGCCAGGGUGCACCAUGUGGGUUCUAA